UUCAGGUUUGGGAUUAUGAGGCAGGGGAUUUUGAACGCACCCUCAAAGGACACACAGACUCUGUGCAGGACAUCUCCUUUGACCAGACGGGAAAGCUGCUGGCUUCAUGUUCAGCUGACAUGAGCAUCAAGCUUUGGGACUUCCAAGGGUUUGAGUGCAUCCGAACAAUGCACGGCCACGACCACAACGUGUCGUCCGUAGCAAUUAUGCCAAAUGGUGACCACAUAGUUUCUGCCUCCAGAGAUAAGACCAUCAAGAUGUGGGAGGUGGCUACAGGGUACUGUGUGAAGACAUUUACAGGCCAUAGGGAGUGGGUGAGGAUGGUUCGUCCAAAUCAGGACGGCUCGUUGAUCGCCAGCUGCUCCAACGACCAGACCGUGCGUGUCUGGGUGGUGUCUUCAAAGGAGUGCAAAGCAGAGCUGCGGGAGCAUGAACAUGUAGUAGAGUGCAUCGCCUGGGGCCCUGACAGUGCUCACCCAACCAUCCUGGAAGCUACAGGCUCAGAGAGUAAAAAGAGUGGUAAGCCUGGCCCCUUCCUUCUCUCCGGUUCCAGAGAUAAAACGAUUAAAAUGUGGGAUGUCAGCAUUGGGAUUUGCCUUAUGACUCUGGUGGGACACGACAACUGGGUACGUGGGAUAAUGUUUCAUCCUGGAGGACGGUUCAUCGUGAGCUGUGCUGACGACAAAACAAUCAGGAUCUGGGACUACAAGAACAAACGCUGCAUGAAGACGCUGUCUGCUCACGAACACUUUGUUACCUCUUUGGAUUUCCACAAGACGGCUCCGUACGUGGUAACAGGCAGUGUUGAUCAGACAGUCAAAGUCUGGGAGUGCCGCUGAUUCUGCCACCGUGUCUCAUCCUGUCCUGCUUCCCCUUGUUCCCAGGAUGAAAACAAGCUCCACCCCAGCUUACGCUCCUCAGCUCUUUCUUCCCUUCUGCCCUAACGUCCGACCCCCUCACCUCUCGCACUCCAAAUCAUUGACCAAUGCGCUUUACCUUUUCCUCGCUCCCCUUCUUCCCUACGCCGGUCCAGCCCCAUAAAGAUGACUAUUGUCCUUUUUGUGUAAAUUAUUCUGGAUGUAGGGUACGCUUAAUAAAUGUCACGCAAUCUCUGACAAUAAACACUCUCAAAAUGAUAAGUAUCUUUGCAUGGUGACUCAAACAAAUAAAAAAGAAAAGAAUUCAAUACUGUUAGAUUUACAAAUUUCCAUACUGUUGUCAUGACUUCCCAUUGGGUCAAAGGGUAAAUGUCUGUGUGUUGGUGCAGGUGGGUCCUGGUUAACUGACAGUGCACUCAAACCAAUGGUUAAGGUUAUGUUUAGUGUUUGUUUCAUUUUCCUGUUUCUGCGUUUUUGUAGAAAAACAGGGAAAGUGUAA